CUCAAUGGGCCGUCAAAUCGAUAUGGGCCACCAUGUUCUCGGUGAAGCAUUUAUAGCAGCACAAGGCGCAUCGUCUGUUGUAUCAGAUCCAUGAGGACUUCGUGUCCACCUCUCCUCUCGUAUCUCGUAUAAGUUCGUAUGUUGGCUUCGCUGUUCUACCUUUCUGUCGCUUUAUGCGUGGGGCUUACGACCGUACAAAUCCGUUCUGGGUGUGUUCAAAAGCACAGUAAUCGUUAUCUUCUUUUCCGCAAUCCCCCAGCGUCCAAUGAAAGGUUACAACUCGCCUCCGUUUCCAGCCAGGAAAUCCACACAGUUGUUUAUCCGACCGACAACAGACAUUUCGCUUGCAACACCACCAAAGUCCGGUUCGUCAAAUAUCAAACAGUGGAUAAAUGGAUAAGUGUCUCGUUUGACGUGCCUGCCGCGGGAGACACAAAUGUAUGCGAGAUGGUGUCGGUCGACAAUCGGAUGGGUAACAUGGGUCGCUAUGGUCUGAAUUAUCGCAAUAGCUACAUUUGGGCUGUUGAAUUUAAGGUUGACAUGACUUGCACUCUGCAAAGGUGUCGUUGCUAUUCCACCGUUGAUGCCUGCUACAUGCGACAUGCGCAGCAGGGGGCAGUGAGGGGCUGUGGGAUCUGGCAGUCCUCAGUUACUUAAGGCAUGCAGGGGUUACCUUAUGGCUAGGAUUCGAAAACAAAAUGUGCUUGUGCAAGCUCCGGGACUGCGCAGGGAUCCGCUGGCCUUGGUGAUUUGAAAGCUAUGAGGCGACAUCCGCUGACAAGGAUUCCCUAGCGUAUAGUACUAG